AUGGCAGUUUCGUCGAAACAGGAAGUCGACUCUCAGGAGCACCACCAGGCGGCCCCCGUGGCCCGUAAGGAAACACCCUCGAUCCUCGCCCUCGGAAAGCUCUUCCCCCAGAACAAGACCCUCGACAAGACUGUUCGGUUCUUGAGCCAGGUCCGCGGUACCGAUAAGACCCUCAUGGUUGUGCAAUACUUUUCAAAGAUCUUCAUCUGGUACUUCUUGAAGCGUGGCCGUGAGUCGACUGCCCAGCGCAUCAAGAACUUGGCUGGACCCAUCUCGGACUUCCGUAUCUUGCUCCGUUACUAUGGACUGUUGCCUUUGAUCCAGUGGAUGCAGUAUGUCGACAACACUCCUUCGCCCAGCCCUCUUAUGCUCACCAUUGACCGCCUCCAGAACAUCUGCAACUUAAUCUACUACCCCUUGGAGCACAUCUACUGGUUGGGAGCUCACGAGGUUAUCCCUAUCUCGAUGGAGAAGACCAACAAGAUCGCCAUCUGGUCGUGCCGUUUCUGGGCCGCCUACGUCGUAUUACAGUUUGCCCACCUUGCAGAGGAGUACCGCCUCUACAAGAACCGACUCCAGUCGAUCCAGGGACAGAUCCGUGCUGCCGACUUGAAGGCCAAGGAGACUGGCGAGCCCGUCGACAAGACUGUCUUUAAGACUGAGAUGGCUUCAUUGAAGGCUGAGAAGAAGGGCCUCUGGAUCAACACGAUCAUCAACACUGGAUACUUGCCCCUGACUGUUCACUGGAGUUUGGAGAAGUCGAGCUUCCCUGAUGUUGGUGUCGGUAUGUUUGGAGGAAUUGCUGCCGCCGCCCAGUUCUACGUCGCGUGGAAGUCCUCUUAG